AAGGUAUUUCCUGGAUCAAGUACUCCUGCCUCAGAUCUAAGGAUGGUUUUAGACCCUGUCAAGGGCACAGUCUUCCUCUCUCUCACUGGACUGGGCACCAUCGGGAACAGCUUAGUUUUUGUGAGUUACAUGCACAUGUUCCAAAGCACUGAGAAGAAACCUAUACACCUAAUUCUUGCUCACUUGGCACUUACAAAUAUCUUAAUGCUACUUUCAAAAGGGAUGCUAAAGAUAAUAGAAGGCUUUAAUUUUGAAAACCUCUUAAAUGACACCAGUUGUAAAGUUGUUGUUUAUCUGGCAAGAGUGUCCCGGGGCCUCUCCAUCUGCACCAGCAGUGUCCUCACUGUGGUCCAAGCCAUCACCAUCAGUCCCAGACACUCCAUGUGGCAGAGGCUCAACCUAAAGACUCCACAGCACAUUCUUUUCUCACUGCUCUGCCUGUGGAUACUCAAUUCCUUGAUCAGCAUGAACUUACCAUAUUACAUUAAAAAUGUCAAUAGUGUGAACAUAACACAGGUUAAAAACAGUGGCAAUUAUUGCUAUUUUCUGCCAGAAAGCUGGAUAACAAGAUGGACUUUCCUCACCCUCAUGGUCCUGAGAGAUGCAGUAUUUCAGGGUGCCAUGGGAGGGGCCAGUGGCUACAUGGUAUUUCUUCUCCACAAGCAUCACCAGCAUGUCCUCUACCUUCAGAACUCCAAGCUUCUCUACCGAACUCCCCCUGAGCUGAGAGCUGCUCAAAGUGUCCUCCUUCUGAUGUUGUGUUUUCUUUCCUUUUAUUGGGCAGAUUGUUUUAUUUCUUUAUUCUUAACAUUUACCAUAGAAAAUUAUUCCACAAUACUAUAUGUUCCAGAAUUUUUAACCAUUGGUUAUGCAGUUCUUAGCCCUUUUAUACUUAUUCAUAGAGAUGGACAUCUAAUUAAAUGUUGUCACACUCAGUAAGAGAGAUCAGAUAUUGAUAAAUGUUCAUUGAUCCUUCAA